UUUCAUCGUCAUUUCGCGAUUCAACUUUACCUUCAACGUGGCAUAGAUAUUCGUUCAAUAUCAUCAACUUCGAAAUGAUUUUUAUUCCUAUUAUUCUCUUUAUUGGUUUCAGCAAUUUUUUUGCAGCAACAGCGAAUGAAAAAGAAUUACCUGAUGAUGGACGACUGGCGGUUGGUAAAUGUCUGGAUGCAAAUUUUUUAAGAAAUCAAAAUCGAAUACGACAAGUAGAGGAUUAUUUGUCUCACCUUUGCACUGAAACACGUUCUAAUCACCAACAUUUUAAAAACAAAUUGCAAGAAAUUAAGAAAACACCCAAAGAAGCAUACGAAGACCUCAAAGAAUGCUUGAAGAAACAUUACGAGUUAGAAGAGUCAAAGAAAGCAAACCAGCCAGAUAAGGCUAAUACAAGCGACACCACCAAUCCGACCAAGGAAAUUAAGUCGACUGAGGCAGAUGCUUCAGAUAAGGCAAAUGAGCGAACUGAGGAGGUGAUCAACAGAUAUAAACAAUACGCAUUUAAUGAUGCGAUGAGAGCUAACACGUACCCUGAAAUAAUUCUAGUAGUAGUUGGUCUUUGCGGAGAACACGAAUGGGUGAAAUACGAAGAACUAGAUAAAAACAAUCAACCAAAAGCCAUCGAGUGUUUAGAAAAGUGCGCAGUAAGGCUAUUCGAAAUAUUUGAUUGGCUCAUACAAGUGAUCAUAAGCGAACGUGUGCAUUCAGAGCAGUUGGAAAUUGAAAGUGGCAAGUCUCCAGCGAAUGAAAAACAGGCCCCAGCUGAAAAAUCCGACAACCAAGAUAUCGACCGUGGUGGCAAUAAAAUUCAAAAAGAAGACGUCAAAUCUGAAGAAGAUGAAGAGGAAGACGGGGCAGGAUCGGAAGGCUCAACUGAGAAUCUAAUCCAACCAAGUGACAAUCAAAGUAAACCUAAAGAAGAUGAAAAGACAAUACAGAAGUGGUUCACACACAUUAAACAUUUCCUUCAUCGCGAAAAAGUACACGUCAAAUAUGAAAAAGGAAUUCAUAAUUAUAUAAAAACUUGUGAAAACCUGGAAGUACACGAUAUUAAAACAUUGACAGAAAUUGGACAAUUGUGGGCUGGGCAUUACAUCGAUGAUCUCGAAACGGAAUUCAAUAAAUUCCAUUUUUAUCCAAUAAAAGAAGAUAUGCAAUAUGCUUUCAAUUCCUAUUUACAUUGCACUGUAUGGGUUUGCGCAAUGGGUGAACGAAAGGAUACUCCAUUCGUAGAAUACGUGAAUGAUACCAGUUACGAGAUGAGCAGGACUGCAUCCCAAUUCAUCAAAAGAUUCCACCCAACUCCGUUUAAAACGCCUGAUAGCAUAGACAUAAAAUUGAAACGAGGUGACAGAAAUUGAAGAGGUUGUUCAGUGUGUAAAUAGUCGAAUGAAAAAUAUAAUUAAUUAAUUACAUAA